AGAAACUUCAACAGCUAGCAACAUGGUUCAGUGGACAGACUUUGAGCGCGCCACCAUUCAGAGCGUCUUCGAGAAGAUGGACUACGAUGACGUUGGGCCCGCGGCUCUUUCCAGGUGUCUGGUUGUGUACCCCUGGACCCAGAGGUAUUUCGGUAACUUUGGAAACCUGUACAACGCCGCUGCCAUCCAGGGAAACCCAAUGGUCGCCGCUCACGGAAAGACGGUCCUGCGUGGACUGGACCGGGCUGUCAAGAACAUGGAUGACAUCAAGGCCACCUACGCAGAGUUGAGCGUGCUGCACUCCGAGAAACUGCGCGUGGAUCCAGACAACUUCCGGCUGCUGGCUGACUGCCUUACUAUUGUCGUUGCUGCGAGAAUGGGUGCUGACUUCACCGCUGAUGUCCAGGGCGCUUUCCAGAAGUUCCUGGCCGUCGUGGUGAGCUCCCUGGGCAGACAGUACCACUAGAGCCCCUCCACUCCGAGACGGACGACCACCAGAGGACCAACAAGCGCUGAUCAUUUGUUUAGAGGCACAUGUUGUUCCUUCUACUAAAAGCAAAUAAAAUCUUCC